AUGUCUCUCUCGCUUGAAGCAGGAAGUGGAAACGAACUCUUGAGUUUCAUACCAGGAAUGUCACAAAUUAAACUCCAAGAUUUACCAGAAGGAGUGGUCUUUGGAGACUUGAAAUCCUACUUCCCCACCAUGCUACAUCAAAUGGGGUUGAUGUUACAUAGUGCAACCGCAGUUUUGAUAAACUCAUUUGAAGAGCUAGACAAAGCCAUUACGGACGACUUGAAGUCCAAAUUCCACAAGGUCCUCAACGUGGGGCCUUCCAACUUAUUGUCACCACCGCCGCCGCCACAAGACGAGAACAGCUGCCUGCCGUGGCUUGACAAGCAGGAAGCUGCCUCAGUUGCAUACAUUAGCUUUGGCUCAAUGGUGGUACCACCAAAAGAUGAGCUUGUGGCCAUAGCCGAAGCCUUGGAAAGCAGUGGGGUUCCAUUCAUAUGGUCACUCAAGGACAUUGCCAAGGCAAACCUACCAAAAGGGUUUUUGGAGAAAACCAAGACACAUGGAAAGGUAGUGGCUUGGGCACCACAGAUGAGCAUACUGUGUCAUAGGUCAGCUGGAGUGUUCGUGUCGCAUUGUGGUUGGAACUCGUUGUUUGAGAGCGUAGUUGGUGGUGUGCCUAUGAUUUGCAGGCCUUUUUUUGGUGACCAUCGGCUGAAUGGAUGGUUGGUAGAGGAGUUGUGGGGAAUUGGGAUCAAAAUUGAGGGUGGAGUUUUUACAAAACAUGGAAUGGAAAGUUGUUUUGAUGCGGUUUUAUCUCAAGAAAAAGGAAAGAAAAUGAGAGAGAAUGUUCAAGUGGUUAAAGAGCUUGUGACUAAGGCUGUUGGGGCUGGAGGAAGUAGUGCAGAGAAUUUGAAGGAGUUGCUCCGAGUGAUAAACAGCCCUGGUGGAAGUAUGUACUGUGCUUAGUGUAAUGCUCAAAUGUGUUUGUGCAUUGAUACAUCUAAGAGUAUUUGCUUUGAUUUUAUUACUAGUCCUAUGCAGACCCUAUUUUUCAUUUCUUUAAAGGACUCUAAAAAUACUACUGCUUAGCUAUAUAAACCUGUCAUGUCAUGACAGUUGGCCGUUAUGUCUUUGGUUAGAAUUUUCUGUUUUGGGAAAGUAAGCCUUGCUUGUACUUAUAAA